GAGAAGCUACCUAGGGGCAGCAGGCCUACCAGAUAUAAAGAAGUUAUUCUAUAGAGAAAUUUCACCUCCUUCACUUCUUCUCACAGACUGACUGGUGUGACAUUCAAGACUAAUCAUGAAGAACUUUUUGUCUAUAAAUGAUCAGCUCCAUCCGGACCAAUUUCUGACUUCCAACAACGGGCAGUAUAAAGCUUACUUUCAGAGGGAUGGUAACUUUGUCGUCUAUGACUCUGGCAACAGGCCUGUGUGGGCCUCAGGCACUGAUGGAUCAGGUGCUGUCCACGUGCUCAUGCAGGCUGACGGCAACCUGGUCGUUUACGACCAACAUGGCCAAGCCAAGUGGAGCUCAGGGACGUACAUCAAUAGUCCGUGCGAAAUGUGCCGUCUUGAGCUGACCGAUGGCGGAAAACUGGAGUUGACCAGAAAUUUUCAAAGAGUUUGGAGCUCCUGAUGAAAUUAUGUCUUCACAUGACAUCAAAGCUUUGUUAAAUUGUAUGGUUUGCAAGUACAAGUCCUCUUUGAACGUCCGUGUGAAUUACAAUAAACCUGCCUGCUAUGUUGUAUGGAAUCAAAUAAAAGCAUGUUUUCUCACUGUAAA